CAAUAUUUUUGUAAAAUCUAUAUAUAUGGACAUGAAAAAUCUCCAAACUAACAACCAAAAAAAUGGGUACAACCAAAGAAGAAGAAGAAGAAGAUGAGUUAUAUGGUACAACCAAAGAAUUCAAGCAACUAAUUUUAUCCCUUCCUAAAGUUAUAGGAUGGAGAACUCCAAAUCUCUACCUUUUUCAACGUUUUUGGUGUCAACCCAAAGAGAUUCAAGCCAUAAUCUCUGCCCAAACUCACUUUCAAGCUCAAGAUAGUGAUGUCAUUAUCGCCACCAUCCCCAAAUCCGGCACUACUUGGCUAAAAGCCCUCGUUUUUGCUAUUGUGAACCGACGUGGGUUUCGUGUUGACUCCUUAGAGCACCCUUUGUUAAGAGCUAACCCUCAUGAUCUUGUACCAUUCUUAGAAUACAAGGUUUAUGCAAAUGAUGAAAACCCAAACUUGUCCAAUAUUGCUUCUCCUAGGUGUUUUGCUUCUCAUGUGCCUUAUAAUUCCUUGCCUAAAACCAUGAUUAGAGAUAACUCUAAUUGCAAGAUUGUUUACAUUUGUAGGAACCCUUUUGAUACUUUUGUGUCAAUUUGGCAUUUUAUGAAGAAAAUUAGGCCCACUUAUCUUGGGCCUUUCUCAUUGGAAGAAGCCUUUGAUAUGUAUUGUAUGGGCCAAGUUGGGUAUGGCCCAUAUUGGGAUCAUAUGUUAGAAUAUUGGGAAGAAAGCUUGAAGUCACCCCAAAAGGUUAUGUUUUUCAAGUAUGAAGAUUUGAAAGGGGAUGUUCAUCUUCAAGUGAGGAGAUUAGCUGAGUUUUUAGGGUACCCGUUUUCGCCUCAAGAGGAGAAAGAGUGUGUUGUUGAGGAAAUUACAAAACUAUGUAGCUUUCAAAAUAUGAAGAGUUUGGAAGUUAACAAAAGUGGGAAAUCCAUACUAAACUUUGAUAAUAAGGGAUUGUUUAGGAAAGGUGAGGUUGGGGAUUGGGUCAACCUUCUAAGUAAACAAAUGGUGAAAAGGUUGAGCCAAAUCAUGCAAGAAAAGUUAGAUGGUUCCGGCUUGGAGUUUCCAAACGUUCCAUGAAAUUUUUUAUAUGCACCCGAGUUAAGUUUACAAUAGAUUAUCAACGUUUUAAUUUUUAAUUUUUAAGUGAUAAUUAUAGAAGUUAGUACCGACUUAAGGCAAUGUAGUAGGUGAUUGGAUAUAUUAUCUCCCCCUCCCUCGAAAUGUACUUCAUUUUCUUUUUUAUGUUUUUUUUAGUACACGUUUCUUCUUUUAA